CUUCGGUGCUAUUACAGACUGGUGGUAUUACGGAGUGUAGCCGGGUGAUAUUGCAGCCGGGUCGGUCAAGUUUAUUUUGAGGUGGGACCAGGCCUCUGCCCCCUUCACUCAGAAACCUUUUAUCAGAUUGUAACUUCUUGGAAAUCGUCAUGGCUUUAAUACGAAGCCCGUGGUUACUUAGAAAACGUUGGGGACACUUGGCAAAAUUCCCUUGGCCCCCCGUUUUUGACAGUUGGGUCCCCCGCGAUCUCCCGAAGUUAAUUAGAGGCUCGGAGGCUCGAACCUUCGGUACGAGCUUCCUGCUGUCUUCCGAACGGGCUGCCUCCUCCUCCUCCUCCUCGGCCGUGAGCUUGAACUUGACUCCAGGGUCCCGCUGCUUGUGGGAUGAGCCGGUGGAGAUCGCGGUGCACGGUCUGGCCCCAGCCCAGCCGGUCACCCUGAGCGCCUCCUUCCGCGACGAGAAAGGGGUGCUCUUCCAGUCGUCUGCCCGCUACCAGGCGGACGCGGGCGGGCAGCUGGACCUGGCGCGGGCGCCCGCUCUGGGGGGCAGCUACCGCGGCGUGGAGCCUAUGGGAUUCCUCUGGACCAUGCAGCCCGAGAAGCCCCAUUGGCGGCUGGUGAAGCGGGACGUGCAGACCCCCUUCCGCGUGGACCUGGAGGUGUACGAGGGGCACGAUCCCAAGCCCACAGAACUUCUGGCCCAAGUGGUCCACGAGCGAGGCUUCCUGAGGCCGGGGGUGAAGAGGAUCCCGGUGCGAGAGGGCAGCGUGCGGGCCACCCUCUUCCUGCCUCCGGGAUCAGGGCCCUUCCCUGGGGUCAUCGACAUCUUGGGAAUUGGAGGUGGCCUGUUUGAAUACAGAGCCAGCCUGUUGGCUGGACAUGGCUUUGCUGUGCUGGCCCUGGCAUACUAUGACUUUGAGGACCUCCCCAAAGACAUGAAGGAAUUUCAUCUGGAAUACUUUGAAGAGGCUGUCCAGUACCUGAAAAACCACCCCCAGGUAAAGGGUCCAGGAGUUGGACUGCUUGGAUUUUCUAAAGGGGGUGAUCUGUGCAUCUCCAUGGCCUCCCACCUGAAGGACAUCACAGCCACUGUCAUCAUCAAUGGCUCUGUGGCAAAUGUAGCGGCUUCGCUACACUAUAAGGGUAUAACCAUUCCCCCAUUGCCUAUUGACCAAAAACGUAUGAAGAUAGCUGAAAAUGGGGUUGCAGACAUCAUUGAUAUACUCGUCAGCCCUUUGGAGGAACCUGGACAAAAAAGCUUAAUUCCAAUUGAGAAAGCUGAAAGUUGCUUCUUGUUUCUUGUUGGUCUGGAUGACCACAACUGGAAAAGUGAAUUCUAUGCCAAUGCAGCUGCCAAAUUGUUACAAGCCCAUGGGAAGAAAAAACCUGAGAUUAUCUGUUACCCCGCAACAGGACACUAUAUUGAGCCCCCAUAUUUCCCUGUGUGCCUGAUUUCCUUUCACACUUUCAUAGGCAAACUUGUGACAUGGGGAGGAGAAGUUAGGGCCCACUCCCUGGCCCAAAUUGAUGCUUGGAAACAACUCCAAACCUUCUUCCACAAACAUUUAGGAAAUGAUAAGUUAACGAAUCCCUCUAAAUUGUAACUCACCAUUUAGAAUUUAAAAUGUUAUAGGCUAAGGAGUUGAGAUGAUACCAACUAGAGAGAUUCUUUUUAAAAUAAUUAUUCUGAGUAAAUGGAAUAAGAUUUUUUCUCACUAAUAAG